AUGUGCAGCGUGAACGUGCCGUCGAUGGACACAGAAGAAACCAUUCCUAUCGACACUGCCAUAUUUGGACUUGGGCGCAUGGGAAAAGUCCAUUUGCAUAAUCUGGCCAGCACAUUCCGAGUGAACAUCAAAUGGAUCGUUGACGAUAUCUCCGUCCAUGACGACAUACGAACAUUACUACAGAAAUACAGACUGGAACACGUGACCCGAGUGGCAUCACUGGAAGAGGCGGACACCGUUCACUCGGACACAAGCGUGAAGGCCGUGUUUGUGUGUACUCCGACGAUCCAGCACGGACCCGUUAUAAAGAAAGCAUUAACCGCAGGAAAACACGUGUUUUGUGAGAAGCCCAUAGCUACAUCUGCAGAAACAAUAAAAUCAUGCUAUGCUGUGGCGAAAGAGGCCAAUCGUAGUUUGUUCUGUGGUUUCAACAAGUAA